UGUAGUCUGCAUUAGAGCAAACGUUCGGAUUUUUCUUUUUUUCCGCGGCCUCCUCUCUUGUACUGUGCAGGAGCAGACUGGGCAGUCAUGGUACGCACCAACAAAAGUGUAUCGAAGCCAUUAGCAGCCGCCGAGAAAUCCAAGGACCAGCGGCGGAUGAGCGGUGCCGAGAGGUCGGCUUACUUCGCAAGAAGAGAGGCGGCGAAAGUAUUGAGGAGCGUUCUCCAAGGCGACGCUCGGCGUCGAGCCGUCGGCUCUAUUAAAUCGCUCGUGUACAGCCCUUCUGUGAGGAACAAGAAGGCCACGUUCGCUCUAGUCUGCCAAACACUUAAAUAUCUUCCAAUUAUCAGAGAUUUAUUGAAUGCUGCCAGCACAUUGAAUAGCAAGUGGAAGAGGCAGCAGGAAUUAAUGUACAUAAUUACGUAUGACAUUCUAUUUGGAAAGGAGAGUCUACUAGUUGGUGAUGCAGAAAAGUUUUUAAUGUGUCGCAAAGAUGCUCUAGAAUCUGCUCUAGCUCGAUAUUUAGUGAAGAAGAAAGUGAAGCACAUUGAAGAAUUGAUAGCUCUUAACCACACUCCUGUAGAUAAUCCUAAACCUCGUUACGUUCGAGUAAAUACUCUGAAGUUGGAUGUUGAUUCUGCCUUGGUUGAGUUGAGUAAACACUUCAUGGUUCAAAAGGAUGGAAUGGUUCCUCACUUGUUGGUCCUCCCACCCGGCAGUGAUGUGCAUGAUCAUCAUCUUGUAAAAAAUGGAAGUGUCAUUUUGCAAGGAAAGGCAAGUUCUAUGGUGGCAGCAGCCCUUGAUCCCAAACCUGAAUGGGAUGUUCUUGAUGCAUGUUCGGCUCCAGGAAACAAAACUGUUCACCUUGCCGCGCUUAUGAGAGGCAAGGGAAGGAUUAUAGCAUGUGAGAUGAAUAAGGAAAGGGUUAAACGUUUGGAAGACACAGUCAGACUCUCUGGUGCCACCAACAUAGAAGUUUUGUGUGGAGAUUUCUUGAGCUUAGACCCAAAAGAUCCUUCUUUCUGUGAGGUCCGUGCAAUUGUUGUGGACCCUUCUUGCUCUGGAUCUGGCACCACAGCUGAAAGAUUAGACUAUCUUCUCCCGUCCCAUGCUGCAGAUCAUGCCCGUGAUUUUGCAGAAAUUGAAAGACUCGACAAGCUCGCUGCAUUUCAGAGAAAAGCUCUAGCACAUGCAUUAUCUUUUCCAGCGGUUGAGAGAGUCGUCUAUAGUACAUGUUCCGUUCACCAGACUGAAAAUGAAGAUGUUAUCAACUCAAUUCUUCCUCUCGCCAUCUCCAAUGGUUUUCAGCUGGCCACUCCCUUUCCUCAAUGGCAUCGCCGUGGACUUCCCGUUUUCGAAGGCUCUGAACAUUUGCUACGGACAGACCCAGUUGAAGACAAAGAAGGUUUUUUCAUUGCUUUAUUCGUCAAUAAUAAGCGGUCGGAAGAGCAUUCAGAAGCACAGAGAGGCGCCCUCAGACAUUUUGAAGACAAUCGCAUAACAUGUAGAAUUAAGAACAAGAGCAGAUAUCUUCUCGGACUCUCUACUAGGCUAUCUAACAUGUGGUUUCGUACUUCCUGUGUACGGAAAAUGAUCUAACAAUGGCUCCAAUGAAGAAUGAAUUCGUUUCAUGGGUACAAAAGAAUUUUGAUAUUGAAAUUCAAGAUUGGGAGAGUUCCAAAUUUGGAGUUUUCAACUUUCGACCCCAUUCAAGCAGCACCUGCCCAGCGGAUCCAGGACGCACUGGACUGAAUAGGCACUUUUGAGGUAUGAUUUCUUUUGUUAAGACAUUCAGCUAACCUCAUAGUACAAGAAAUGUUGGUCCUUGGCCCUUCUUGUUUGUCACUUUUUGGAUAAACUUGUAUUAAGAAACAAGUUGAAGAAAAAUGAAAGUCACUGGUGAAACUAGGGAAAAUUGCAUCAA